UUUGUUUUUAAAAGCUGUAAGAAGCGGAAGCAAACUGCUCACAGCCUCCCGGAAUGGCAGACCAGAAGCGCCUUGCUUACUCCAUCAUCCAGUUUCUCCAUGACCAGCUGCAGAACGGGGGUCUGUCUCCAGAUGCUCAGGAGAGUUUGGAAGUGGCCAUCCAGUGCCUGGAGACAGCAUUUGGAGUCUCGAUGGAAGACCAAGGCCUAGCUGUGUCCCAGACUCUUCCUGAAAUAUUUGAAGCUGCCGCGGGAAAGGAGCCUGAAGGUGUCGGAACACAUUCGGAGCCCAUCACUCCCUCCGAGGGUGACAUAGCUGAAGCUGAAAGGCUCAAGACUGAAGGGAAUGAACAAAUGAAAGCCGAAAACUUUGAAGCUGCUGUGUCUUUCUAUGGAAAAGCGAUUGAACUCAAUCCAUCCAACGCUGUGUAUUUUUGCAACAGAGCGGCUGCCUACAGUAAACUGGGGAACUACGCUGGAGCGGUGAGAGACUGCGAAAGAGCUAUAGGCAUCGACCCCAACUACAGCAAAGCUUAUGGCAGAAUGGGGUUGGCCCUCUCCAGUUUAAACAAACACACAGAAGCUGUUGUGUACUACAAAAAGGCCCUGGAGCUGGAUCCGGAGAACGACACCUACAAAUCGAACCUUAAAAUAGCGGAACAGAAAAUGAAGGAGGCUCCUAGUCCGACUGGAGGUCCGGGUGGAUUUGAUUUAGCCGGCUUGCUGAACAACCCCGGCUUCAUGAGCAUGGCGUCCAACCUCAUGAACAAUCCGCAAGUCCAGCAGCUCAUGUCUGGGAUGAUUUCUGGUGGCCACAACACCAUGGGAGCAGCAGGCACCAGCCCCUCCACGAACGAUCUCGCCAGCCUCAUACAAGCGGGCCAGCAAUUCGCUCAGCAGAUGCAGCAGCAGAAUCCUGAACUAAUAGAGCAGCUACGAAGCCAGAUUAGGAUACCGACUGGGCUCUCUGCACCAGUACUGCUGGGGCUGAGCCUCAGAGGCAAGCUCAGCCCCGAGGAGCGGUCCGUCGCCAGCGUUGUAAUAGGCGGGAGCUCGGUGGUCGCCCCCCUCAGAGGGGUCGGCCCGGCUGGGAAGGACAUGCCCGCGUGCGGCUCCGCCUUGGAGCGUUCCCAGCUACGCUUCCUGCCCUUCUUUCCCAGCCCUGCCAAAACCAGCCUGGCGUUUAGUAACUCCGGCCGCGCUGUUGGCGUGAUCCCAUCUGCCAGCACGG